AAUAAAGAGCACUGGUCAGAAAAGUCAAGAGAAUGGUAAGAGAAGUGAGUAGGGAGAGGAGAAUAUGAUAUGGAACUGGAAAGAUCCUUGUCGUCUUUGUUCAUCCUUUACCCUUCACCUAAGUCAGCAGCAAAAUGGGCUCGUGAUAUUUCAGAAAGAGGAUCCUAGAUGACAAAGGACAGAAGAAAGGGAAGUGUCCGUCACUUGCAUUCUGGUCCCAGGAGUGUGGGGGUCUCUCAUGAAGUGCAGGAAAAGGAGGACCGCCCUGCAGUUCUGGGAGAAUGGGAGAAGCUCUGUGGAUGGUGGUGUUUGUGAUGGCUUUCGUCAGCUGCAACGCUUUCCUGGAUCUGUCUGGUGUCCACGAGGUCAAGGGCACAUGGAAGGGAUCCACCACUUUACCGUGUACCUACACACCCUCAGAAGGUUUCACACAGCAAACCCUUAGCUGGAGUGUGGAGAAAGACUACAGCAUCUCUACCAUCUUUCGGAGGGACGAUACUGGUGACCACGUCUUGUUGUCUCGGUUCCGAGACCGGGUCAGUGUCCCUAAGAACAGCCCAGGGGAUGCCUCACUCCUAAUAGAAAACCUUGAAAUCCCCGACAAUGGACACUACACCUGUCAAGUCACCUGGAGGUCUGAAAAUAACAGCUUGAUAACAAAGCAACUGACCACUACGGUUAAAGUUGUCAAAGUUGCAGUGACCAAGCCCACCAUCAGGGCAGGUGAACUGGGGCUGAGUGUCCCAGUUGGAGCCAGAACCAGCCUGACCUGUGUGGCCAGUGGGUCUCCCCCCAUCAGCUACCGCUGGUUCAGGAGCAGCCCAGGACGGAAAGCCCAGCUCCUGAGCAACCAGGCUGAGCUGGUGUGGGACAACCUGCAGCCCUCUGACGCCGGGACGUACUACUGUGAGGCGGAAAACAGGGUUGGGGCCAAGGCAGUGCAGCAGAGCGACGCCGUCGAGCUGAGGGUGAGAGAGUCCCCAGUCAGCCAGCAGCCCAGCACUGGGACCAGCAGGCAGACCAUUCCCACACCUGCCCCCCGAGGUGAUGCACCCCAACCAGCACCCACAGAUCUGCCCACAGCAGCCACGCUGGCCUCCAGGAGGGAUGCUGUUUCAGAGGGGCUUCCCAUGGCCACGGGUUCCCCGCCGGCCGCGUAUCCUCCGCACCUCUACGCGCUGGCGGCCGCGCUGGGCGGUGCGGCGCUGGGAGCGCUGGUGGUCGGGCUGCUGUGGCGGCGGCUGCGGAAGAAGGAGGACACUAUCUAUGAAGUUGCUUUCACCGCAGAUGUCACGAGGUUGGAGACUGAUGAGGAAGCCCCUUAUACUUGUCUACAGACGGAGACACAUUCUAAGGCUGAAACAUCCAAUGACACUUUGACCAUGAAAGACAAUGGCUAUAACGGCAUAUGCAUCAGGAAAAAUCCUGAGUAUGAGAACCUUAUGAGUGCAAUGGAAGUGGAAUUUGCAACAGAAAAAAAUUACUAGAGUAUCAGCUUUUCCACAUGAGCGGCCAUGCAGGGCUGCAGAGAGUGAGUGGUAAACUUUACCAAAGGAAAGGAAGCUCUCCUUCCUGUCUGCCUUCUGCUCUGAUGAAUCUACCAGUCUCGCUGCUUUUUUUUAUCCCAGGGGAACUACUUAACCUUCUUGGGCUUUGACAAAUGAGGGCCUGCCUGUUGGGGCAGAAACCCUCAGCAAAGUGGUUAUCCGCCUACUUUUAGAGAGUGAACAAUUUCUGAGCAGCCUGAAGGAACAAGGUGAGAAAGAGAGGAUCUGAAGGAGUGGAAACAGAGAUGUCUUUAAGCCUGAAAAAUCACGGUAUAGCUGGGUGCAAUGAUGCUAUCCCAUAAUACCAGCAAGGUGAACUUUUAAGUGCAUGUUCCCCUGUUAGGACAUCCCAGACUGCGAGGAGCCAGGGUUUGUGCUGGAAAGGGAUGUCGUCUGGCUUUUACAGCUCAAUCACUUCUGGUUGUACAUCCUGCUUGUCCUUGAGUCUUUUUUGUUAGAGCAUGGUAAAGGGACCACAGAGGGGGGCUGAUGGCCCAGGAAUGUCAUUUUUGCUCUCAGACUGGAACUCAUUGACAGAGGAAGAGGGCAUGUCCCCGUAGGUGUCCCCCAGUGAUGGUUGGACUAGAUGGUCUUAAAGGUCCCUUCCAACCUAGACAAUUCUAUGAUUCUAGGUGAUGAGCCUCCUAACUGCUACCCCCUGUUUUUCUCCUAGAAAAGCAGAAUUUGUGUUGAAGCAUUUUAUUUUUAUGGUGUGGGCGCCAGAGGCAUAAAAAAAACUGAGAUAAAUUUGAGGCAUUUGGAAUAAUGAUUGAGCAAGGGAUCUCCCUGGGCACAACAGACUGACGCUGAUUCACUCGGUGGGACACGAGUCAAUCCGUCUGAUUACAACAGAGAUAUUAAUGCUGAGUUGUGCUAUGGGGAUGCUGUGAGUGCUUAUGUUUGUAAAAUGCCUUGAAAAAUGCUUGCUUGGUGCAAUGUAUUUUCUUUCCCAGGGCAAAUACAAAAGGCUUCAAAGGA